UGUAUUAGAUAAUAAAUUUGUUAACAACUGUGUAGUAUAGACCAUCAAAAUUACUAUGGACUGAAUAAACUAAAAAAGAUUAGAACCAAAAUAACAGAAUAAGUUAAGAAUAAAGUUUUGAGUAACCAUUUUGAUAUUUUUAGUUGCUUUGAAAAUGAGCCAAAUUAUGUGGAUUUCUAUAAUUCUGAUGGCUGUGUAUUUUCAAUUAGGUUCAGGAGCUGGAACUAUACUUGGAUCUGGUGUGUCACAAUCUGAACAGAACGCAAUUGUAAAUAUUCACAACAAUUUCAGACAACAAAUAGCCAGCGGUUCUGUUCCUGGUCAGCCGAAAGGAAUCAAUCUUCGCCGUUUUAGUUAUGACAGCAAACUUGCCGAGGAAGCCCAGAAAAUAUCAAAUACCAUGGUUUUUCAACAUGUUGCUGUAAAAGACAGUCGAUUUUACGUUGGACAAAAUUUAUAUCUAACUUCAUCAACAGCUGCUGGAGGUCCAUCAGAUUGGAAUGCGGCAAUAACAGGAUGGUUUAGCGAGUAUAAGUCUUAUAAAUAUGAUAAAUGCUGUGCUGGAUUUGAAAAGACCGGACAUUAUACCCAAGUUGUUUGGGCAGAUACCAGGUACGUUGGUUGUGGCUACACAUACUACUAUGAGGCUGGGACUCAAUAUCCUUAUAAAAAGUUUUAUACAUGUAACUACGGGCCAGGUGGGAAUAUUGCCGGC